UAGGGAGGUACAGGGGCGGACUGACCAUUUGGAAACUCGGGCACUGCCCGGGGUCAGUAGGGGGCCCCAUGAGAUGCCCCUGGUACCUUUUUCAUAGGCUUUUUUGAGUUUGGGCAAGGACACAGGGGCCCCAUGAUCCCCUAUUACCCGGGGGCCCCAUGAGUUGUCAGUCGACCCCUGGGGAGUGCCAUCUCAUCAGUGCAGUCUGUGCCCAUCAGUGCUGCCUCAUAAGUGCCCAUCAGUGCUGCCUAUUAGUGCCC